UUACCUACUUUCUGUGGUGAAUAACACCCUCGUGCUGUGGGUAUAGUUCCUCUCUCGUUCUGAAAUCUCACCAGUCUCUGUGUAGCAGAGGGAUUUCCCCUACAUUACACAUUAUUUACAUAUUAUGUAUUCUCUUUUAAAACCUGAACCACAUAACUGCCCAGUCAAUCUCAGUCACUGAAACUGGAAAGUGCAUCUAUUUCUGAUCUUAUUCUUGAUUGUCUUAUACUUUAUUGCUAUGUCAGAAGGACAGUGUGGACUGGGAUACUACUAUGAUGGGCUAGUCGAGGAGUGUAAACAAUGUUAUUUACGAUGCAAUUCACCACCCAGGGUUUGCACAACAUACUGUACUCAAUCAUCAGAGAGCAAAGCCCCAGAGCCGUUCAACAUUCGUCUGACCCUGGUCUGGCUGUUUGUGUUCCUGUGUGCUUUUACUACUCUCCUGCUGCUGCUGCAGGUACUGAGGAAGAAGACAUGCAGACGUUUCCCAAGGAACAAAUUAUCACCACUACAGGAAGCAGAGUGUCCUGGGACUGAGAGGGUCUCUGAUUUCCCUGAGCAGACAGUGGUUAUCAUGGGACAGGACAGCUUGACGAGUGGAGCUGGAGCCAUGGUUCUCCAGGAGGGAACAAACUGCCAGACUCCCGACUGCAACUCCAACCUGCCUGUCCCUUCCACUGAGGAGGGCACCACCAUACUGGUCACAACCAAGACAGUACAGAUCUUUAACCACACAGAUGACAUUACAGAGGGAAAGACAUUGGGGUUGUGGAGGUCUGGCUUUGCAGCUUGAUGUCUCUUACCCCCCCCCCCCACACACACACACACACACACACACUGCUUGCCAUAGAAAGUGAAAACUAUCAAUGAAUGUGUUUGAAAACAAGUGAAUGUUUAACAGAGAUUAUAGUAAUGAACUACAGAUCCCACCACCCCCUACCCUACCCUAUCAUAUGACAACAGUGUGUCUGGUCAUGUGACCGGCAGUGCCGACGAUGUUUCGCUUUGCAGGCAGUGGCACAAUAAAUGUAUUUUAUUACAAUUGAAUGAUUAUCCAGAGCUACUACAGUCCAGUCACUGAAACUACAACUGCUUCUGGGUUUGUAAAUCAAACAUUUGAUCUACAAAUGUGACUCGGUUUAACUCUUAUUGCGAUAGUGAUAAACGGCUACUCGCAGGCCUCUGUAGUUCCAGCCGACAUGCGCAACAGUGGGCCAAGCACCCCGGUUGUGUUGAUGGGAAGAAGGGAGUGCAAAAUCAUGGAAGUAGUGCUCUCUGCCUCCCAGGGUUCGGUUCGUACAGAAUAGCAAUAGAAUUCUGGAUUUCCACCAUGUCGAACCGAAGAGCUAUGAACUAGUUUACUUGUGGUGUGUCAACAACAACACUAACGACUCGGACUGACAGCAUGAACGGUGAGUUGUAGCUAAAAACAAAAUCACUUUUUGUUCUACCAUCACCAAUUGAAAUGGCUUUGGUUUAUUACAGGAAUUUUGUAUGUUUUGUGCACAUAUAGGCCUAUUAAAGCAAUGCGGUUUAGAAUGAAGGACAACGCAUCAUUCUCAUAAUGAGUUCAGGCAGGCGUAAAGGAUAGAUAAUGACACUUCCCGCGGGUAUCUUGAAUCUCCUCAUGCAAAUCGAAUUAUGGCUUGACUGCAUGACAUAGUAGUCAUGAAUAAAUGUUGAUACAUCAAAGAGAAACCCCUCUAACCAUAUUAGACCUUUUUUUGUUAUUGCUCCUGACCAACCUCAUCUAGCCCAUUACUUUCUCCAAGGUCGUGUUUUCUUAGCAAACUGCAUGUAUUUGUUGGUGAACAACCUUUUCUUGUUAUUACAGUAUCUCCAAAAUGUGUUAUGUCACUUUCCUACUGUAGAAUAAAGAUAUAUUUGACCAAAUCA